CAAAAAAGAGAGAGCUCCUUAUGUUUUUGCAAUGACUAUAAAACUUGCAGGACGUUUCUAGCAAUUUUCACACACAGAGGAUAAUCCCUGCGUGUCCUCUGACACUGAAGUUUUAGCAGCGUCUCGUAAAGCUCUUUAUUUUCACUUCCACUACUUCCUAGCAAAGAACAGCCCGCACAGUCGGAGACGGUGAAAGCAACGUACAGCUGUACACACCACUGAACAGAAAACCAAGAGGAAUCUUGUUUGCUGGUUUGCCAACCACCUGUGCUUGUCAGAAAGCUGAAUCCAGAUCAAACUUAAAGGACUGUCCUCCCACCAAAUUAAGAAUGGCUGAAGGGAAAUCUCGCCUAACCAGAGAAGAGCAACAGCAGCUGCAGCAUUUGUUGGGAUGCAAGCACAUUAGUCUGCUCUAUAAGGCAAGCAUUCAUGGUUAUGCUGCCCAAACCUUUCAUAAUAUAUGCAACCGCCAAGGCCCAACUGUAGUAGUGGCCUACAGCACAAGUGGUUACAUUUUUGGAGGGUUUACUGCACAUAGUUAUACAUCAUCUGGCGCAUAUAUCAAUGAUGACAGAGCUUUCCUCUUUAGACUGAAAGGGAAAGAGUGCAAUCCACUAAAAAUCCCAGUCAACGUUUCCGAAAACGCAGUAUGUGAUAAUGCUGCACAUGGUCCUUAUUUUGGAGCUGGAUCACUUAUAUUCUUGUCGCAAAAUAGGGCAGAAGUAGCCACAGAUGCUAGUAUUGCCACCUACUCAUUCCGUGCUGAAGAUUUACACGGAAAUGACCAGCGCCUUCUGGAAUGUGAAGUAUAUCGAGUUGAUGAUGUUGGUCCUUUUAUGGAAUCUCCCUGGAGAAAGAUUGGAUGGACAGCUGGGGAAAGAAAUAAAUUGAUGGAAGAAAUAACAACUUACAAGCCCUCUCUGAAGUCUGUGCCACAGGUUCGGAUUCUGUUUCUAGGCCCAGUUGGAGCUGGGAAGUCCAGCUUUUUCAAUUCUGUGAAUUCCACUUUUCGGGGCUAUGUAAUAAGUCAAGCUACUGCAGGAUCGGAUGCCAAAAGUGUGACAACUCAGUAUAGGACCUAUGGAGUUAAAUAUGGAAGUAAUGGAAAGCUGCUUCCCUUCCUUUUCUGCGAUACUAUGGGACUAGAAGAAAAACAAGGAGCUGGUUUGGAGAUGAACGACGUGUCCAGUAUAUUAAAAGGCCAUGUUCCUGAUAGGUAUCAGUUUAAUCCAUCUGCUGCUAUGCAACCAAAUGUGCCAGGCUACAUCAAGAACCCAUCUCUGAAAGACCAGAUCCAUUGUGUGGUAAUUGUUCUUGAUGGCUCCAAGGUUGAGAUUCUCCCAGAGGAACUAGAGAAAAAGCUAAGAGAAAUUCGACGGCAAAGCAAACAAGCAAAUGAGUUUGAUGUGCCACAGCUGGUUAUACUAACUAAAGUGGAUGAAAUUUGCCCUUCUCUUCUGGAAGAUAUUUCGUAUGUGUACAAAAGCAAGGUGGUUGAGAAGCAGAUGCAGCUAACAGCAGAAAGACUUGGCAUCCCACUGUCUCAAAUUGUUCCUGUUAAAAAUUACUAUUCAGAGCUGGACCUUAGGGAUGAUGUCGAUAUCCUGAUACUCAUGGCAGUGAGGCAGAUGCUGCGCCUCUCGGAAAGCUACCUUGACAAUUUCCCUCUCGAUGAAAGUUCUGUGGUGAAUGCUAAGGAGAGGAAAAUGAAUAAUCUUUCAGAAUGAAUUAUCUGAAUAUUGAUCUGCAUAUUGUGGCCUGUAACUGAAUAUUUCUCUUUUGUGUUUUAGAUUUCUGGUAGGUAAUUUGAUUCUGGUUUUGAGUAGGUGCCACUCUGUUAAAGUACAGAACUUCCACUGGACUCUGUUCUCUUACCGCUAGUCUGAUCCUUUAAGGUUUAAUGGAGCCUUUCCAUGAAAAUGCAUUUGAAAAUUGAAGGCAGAAUGCCAUUAUUAACUACUUUUAGAUUA